UCCAUCUGAGGUAGAACGAUCCCAGAGCGGAGGCAGAGCAUAAAAGUGAAAUGAAGUUACAACGGAUCAAGGUGAAUUUUAAAUAAUAGGUUUCGUACAAUAGAAACUGAUCAUCCUAAAUAUACUGUCGUCAUUUACUUAACGACACAAUGUCAGCAUCUGCAGAUCAGUUUGACGAGUCUGAUUGUGUUUGUUCUUUUGGGAUGAAACUUACCUGGGAUAUCAACGACCCAAAAUUGCCACAGGACAUCCAACAAUAUGACGAUUUUCAAGAAUGGACAGAUGGGUAUGUACGGUACAUCUACAGCGCGGAGGAUAAGAAUGCUCAGAGGCAUCUAAGUGGAUGGGCCAUGCGAAACACCAAUAAUCACAACUGCCAGAUCCUCAAGAAGUCCUGUCUUGGAGUGGUCAUCUGCAACAGGAGCUGUUUGUUACCUGAUGGCAGCAAACUUCUGCUCAGGCCAGCGAUUUGUGACAAAGCACGGCAGAAACAGCAAAAAAAACUGUGCCCCAGCUGUAAUUCACCGUUAGAGCUUGUGCCAUGUCGGGGACACAGUGGCUACCCUGUGACUAACUUUUGGAGAAUAGAUGGCAAAUACAUAUAUUUCCAGGCUAAAGGGGUCCAUGAUCACCCUCGCCCAGAAAGCAAAUCAGAGACAGAGGCCAGAAGGAGUGCUGUUAAAAGAAGAAUGUCAUCUCCUCAUUUCUCCCAGAAGAAGAGACUAAUGGAAACAGAGGCGGGUAGAUACUAUGACAGUGGUGGCCAUUACCCCAAUGUCCAUCAUUUAUCAUGCAUGGAUGGCCCUGAGAGGUACAGCAUCAUUGCAGAAUCCAACUUUCCAAUACAGCCCCAGCACUAUCCCUCUUUUCAAAACACAGAGCCCUACAAACUUGCCUAUGACUCACCAGGCAAUGCAGGGGAGGCCACAUCCUCACUCCAGAAGGCCUCCAACCAUAGAAUCUACAUGACACGGCCACCAUGUGGCUAUGAGUUUAGCAUGCCUGGCUAUUUAGGGUCUGGUUCUUACCCAGCUCUUUAUAAAGACUCCGGCAAUUUACAGCCAGAGCCAGAUUCAAGCAAAGUGUGUAUGCAGCUUGGUGGAUCUCAACAUAACCUGAGCACUUUGAACAUUCAUGAAAGGAACUAUGAUAUCCCGAGCAAGCACCACGGAUGGAAGCAGAUCUUGGGCAAAGGUGGAUAUGGUGAAAGGGGUGAAUAUGGACAAAUCCCAGCAAAUACUAAUCACCAUUACUACAAUGGGGAAUACCCAUGUAGAUAUGGUGGACCUGCCCCCACCAAUACGCCAGCUUUGCAGACAAUUAUAACUACUACCACCAAGGUGUCUUACCAGCCUUGCAAACCAUCAGUGGUCAAGUACAAUGAUAACCUUUGUGAUGCCAAAAACCUUCAAAACUGUAACUCUUUGUUGGAAAACGCUUCUGCAACAUCAUAUCCAGAAAUAAAGGUCCCAGAAGAUACUGGAGUAAUCAAAGCAGCUUUAGCAUAUCAACCAGAAACACUGUCUACUAAAACAGAAAGAGCAGAGAGUCUGGAGAACUACCGAUAUGGAAACUAUUCGUCCAGCAAUUACCCGGAACGCACAGCACAUCCGUUUAGAUAUGAAAAUGGUGAAUACUGAAAAAAAAAAAAAUUAAAUGAAAAAAAAAGAAAAAAACAAUAUGAUGGAUUUUCGUCCCUUUAGAGUCAGGUUCUUUGUUGGGUCUAUGCUUAAUAAGUAAACCUUAAACAAAUGUACGGUUUAGGAAAACAAUCCUGAAGGCAAAUGUUGUUAUGGUCUGCUCUUAUCAACUGUUGUAAAAAUGUGAGAAGUUAUUUAUACACAGCCGGUGUUGAUAAAACAAAAUGUUUUAUGUGUAUUUUAUUGUGUAACAAACUGUAUGCCGAAAUACAGCAUGUUUUAGGUUUGACUUGCCAAGCACUUGUUCUGUUAAUCAUUUAUGGAAAUUCAACAAUUAUGGCUGGUUCGCAGACCAUACUAAGCUCAAAUUUUGAACUAAUGUUGCCUAAGACCACCUUAAUAAGACCAUCAAGAUUUGUACUAAUCACGGUUUGUUACACCAGCUGCAAAUAUUACCUUACGUAAUGCAGUCCAGGAAUACAAUAGUUCUAAUUAGGAUUUGGGAAGCCAGCCAGGGAAGUGCUACAAUGAAAAAAGUGUACUAUAGCAAACUUCAGCUACAUAUUCCCUGUUACAUCACUUCAAAUGAUCAUUACUGUUGCAACCUCCUGUAACCUUCAAGAUGUACAUAAAUGUUUAAUAAUGCUAAUUAAAAUGGUAUCUUAUAUUUA